AUGCCAGAACCCAGCGACUCGGACCUUGUGUCACAACCUGUCACGGAUCCUGAAAAGGAUGGCGACGUUGCUGAAGAAACAAACAUAGCAGAUAUCGAUCCAAAUCUUGUGUGGUGGGAUGGUGAAAAUGAUCCUAACAAUCCAUACAACUGGCCUACAUGGAGGAAGGCUUUGAACUGCGGACUUGUCAGCGCGUUGAGCUUUAUCACACCUCUAACUUCAUCCAUCUUUGCACCUGGUGUUCCUCAGUUGAUGAGAGAUUUUCAUAAUGACAACACCGAGUUAGCAUCUUUCGUCGUAUCUGUUUUCGUUCUUGGGUUUGCCUUGGGUCCGCUUCUGGUCGCUCCGUUGUCCGAAAUCUAUGGCCGUUUGAUAGUUUAUCACGUCUGCAAUGUCGGCUUCAUUGCUUUCCUUAUUGCAUGUGCUGUCGCUCCGUCUCUGAAUAGCCUCAUCGUUUUCCGUUUUUUCUCUGGUGCGCUGGGAUCAGCGCCUCUAACGAACAGUGGCGGCACGGUUGCGGACACAAUUCACCAAGAGAAGCGUGGCAGGGUCAUGUCCAUAACCUUGAUUGGGACCUUACUGGGACCUGCCGUGGGACCUGUUAUUGGCGGCUUUUUAGCAAAUGCGAAGGGCUGGCGCUGGGUAUUCUGGUUAUGCACAAUCGUUGCUGGUGCUCUCGGUUUGGCCAUGUUUUUUUGUUGCAGUGAGACAUACGCUCCCAUCCUCUUAGAGCGGAAAGCUCAAAGGCUCAGGAAGACCACCAAUAAUCCACUGCUGCGCUCCAAACUUGAUCGAAAUCUUAGUCCACGAGACUAUUUUAUUCGCAGCAUCGUACGCCCCAUAAAAUUGCUAUUCCUUUCUCCCAUUUGUACUAUUUUCGCAGUUUACUUGGCCAUUGUGUAUGGCUACCUCUAUUUACUGUUUACUUCCUUUUCGGAAGUCUUCACGACUGUGUAUGGUUUCAACACUGGCACCAGUGGACUUUCUUACCUAGGAAUCGGCGUGGGCAACCUGUGCGGGCUGGUUUACUAUAGUGCUACCUCUGAUCGCACGAUGCAACGAAUGGCAAAGAUGAGUAAAGACACUCAAGACCUGAAACCUGAAUAUCGUCUUCCGUUGCUCAGGGUUGGGGCUGUCUUACUCCCUACGGGACUUUUCAUUUACGGAUGGACAGUGGAAUACAAAGUGCAGUGGAUUGUACCAAUUCUAGGCACAGCCAUAUUCGGCAUAGGCGCUAUUCUUUGCAUGAUACCGACUAUCACCUACUUGGUCGAUGCUUUCACAAUCUAUGCAGCUAGUGCCAUGGCAGCUAAUACUGUCAUCCGUUCCAUUGCUGGGUCUGUUCUCCCUCUUGCUGGCAGUAAAAUGUACGAGACUCUCGGAUAUGGCUGGGGUAAUAGUCUAUUGGGGUUUAUUGCCGCUUGCAUGAUUCCAGUUCCCUGGGUGAUCAUUCGCUAUGGCGAAUUCUUGCGUCGAAAAUAUUCAGUGGAGAAUCUCUGA